AUGUGCGUUGCGCGAGUUAGAACGCUGGACGAGCCUCAAGACGCUUCCUGGAGCCGUAUUGCAGCAGAUCUAUGGCCAGAUGGGUUGCAUCAGAUGUGGUCUUGUUCCACCAAGGAGACAGGAUGCCAGUAUCAGCUCCGGGAUGAGCUUCAGUUAAACAACUUUAUCUAUGGUGAAGACGAAAGAGACUGGCUCCGUCACAAUGCUCACACCUUCUGUGACUGGGACAGAGAAAGACGCCCACAGGCGGGCGACUGGGUCCCAAUUGAUCCCAAGUAUAAGCCCAGACCUGGGUCGAUGGCCAUUCACCUCGAAGAUGUCGAGCAUGUCGCUGGACCCGGAUGUCGGUAUCCCGGCGGCUAUAUUGGCAAGCGGAUCUCAGUGGCAGAGAUGCAAGGCUGUAACGUAGUCCAAUGUCUGGUGCCCAAGCGCGAAGAUUGGAAGCCUGCUGUGGACGACUAUCCGUUCGAAAAGGACAGUGCGCACUUCCUGUCCGGAAUCCGUGCCGGUCUCUGCGGUCGCGACUCGACUGUUGUGGUGAAUCCCAUUCGGCAUGGCGUUACUGAGAUGAGCCACAAAUGUCCGAUUCUCGAUCCUUUUGACUUUACCACCGACGAGAUACCAUUCCAUCCUUGGUGCUUCGGGACAUGGAUGAAACUGACAUGUUCGCGACUGGGUUAUGUGCCCGUGGACGAUCUAGUCAAAUUCUUGGAGUCCCAAGGUACUUUGCCCUUUCAGCCUGUUCAGCACCACUUUGAGGGGGCUGACCGCUCUUGGGUGUAUAAUCCAGGCGAGGAGUGGCAGGCUGCCAACCCAUUCUAUGCUCCGAAACUCCGCAACCUCAUGGAGCGAGCAAUGGACGUGCCCUCAACAUUCACCCUUCAUGACGGUGUCUUCCAGCGCACUCCUCCAAAAGCCUCUUCAGACAUAUUUUCUCUCUUACCGGCAGAACUCCGCCACCUAGUCCUCCAAUAUCUCCCUUCCAAAGACAUUGCCUCCCUACGGCUAGCAUCGCGAACUUUCCAUCAGCUCCCUGUCUCUCUUUUCUACCGUCUGCUUAUCGAAGACAUGCCAUGGCUCUGGGAAAUAUGGAGCGACGACCCUCCCUACUUCUGGGCGACUGUUACAGAGAAGAACUUGCAAGACCACGAAAAAGAGGGAAUAGACGUGCACGACCCCUACCGACAGGGUGGUACUACUCGAUGCGUCAUUUCACACACCAUUGACGUUGAGAAGCAUCUGGAGCAAUGGACGUACCCGAAACCAUCGCGGUACAAAACUAACUGGUUCACGCUCUACUGUGAUAUAAAGAAGAACUGGCAUGAGCUCAAGGGGCUGCGGAAUCGUAAGAGGAUAUGGGGGUUCCAGACGCAGCUGCUUGAUCUCAUGAAUUGGAGCAAAGACCUGCGCACCUAG